GGUGAGGCUGGCCCCCUCUUCCCUGUCGACAUCUUCCCCAUCAUCAGCUCGGUGUUGGUGGAAGGAACAGAGGGAGAAGUAAGUAUAACAAAGCUUGUGCUUCCCAUCCUUCUGCAGCCGUUUGUUCCAUCCCACCCAUCAGUUGUUGUAUUCACUUCCAGAAAAAAAAUCGUCCCGAAACUCCCAAAUAUAUAACCCCAUCCGUGGCAUACGAAUUUGCCCCUUGUGAUCUCUCCAGGAGCAUCAUCAUAUCCUCAUCCUUCAUCAGUCAAAUACUCCACUCCUUCGAAUAUUCCAAUCAUAUAUCCUCCCUCCAUCACUUGAAACCGUCCAUCAAUAUUUAUAUCCCUCCCAGAAAAAGAAUGGCCCUCACCACCGCUCUCGCCUUGUUGGCAUCCGCUCAGGUCGCCACCGCCCACUUCGGCAUCGAGUACCCUACUUGGAGAGACAACACCCUAGGCAGCGCCUCCACAAGCAACUACUCCCAGUGGGAAUAUCCAUGCGCCGGUGUCCCUGGUGACCUCGGCAACGUGACUGACUGGCCCCUUGACGGCGGCUCCCUAGUUCUCGAUCUGCACCACGAGUGGACAUAUAUCUUUGUCAACCUCGGCCUCGGUGAGAACGUGGCCAACUUCAACUACAGUCUGACCGACCCGUUCCUCAACUCGACAGGCAAUGGCACUUUGUGCAUCCCCAAGGUGACUCUCCCGGCCAACUUGCCAAUUCAGGAUGGGUCACUCGCAAGCAUUCAGGUUGUGACGCUGGGCGAAAAAGGCCAGUCAUUGUACAACUGUGCCGAUAUCCGGUUCAGGCAAAACGCGACAGUGUUGAGUGGUGAUGCUUGCAAAACUUCAGAAGGAGUGUCGGCGGCAGCUAUUGAAAUAGGGGGCACAAAGACUGCUGGGUCGACCGUUGUUGGUGUCAAUGUUGGCGUAUUGGCCAUUGUGGCCGCGCUGACUGGUCUAUUUGUAUUCGGUUUAAGCGUAUAA